AUGGCAUUCGAUCACUGUAUGCGCGAUAUUUCACUCUUCCGUCCCGGUCUCUGCAAAACUACUCUUCCCGGUCUCUACAAAACGUUGGAUAAAGUGAAGAAAGCGAUCCUUGGAAAAAACGAUGAGAUCAUCACAAUGCUGAAGAUUGGUCUUUCCUUCCACGAAAACUCACGAACGGCCCGCGCCCUCUCGGCGGCCACAUUCACAGCUGAGGGAGCUGUUGAGACGGUCUCGCAAAGACAAGUGCCCGCAAUCUUCGGCAAAUCUCGCUACACGCCACUCCACGAGCAAAACGUUCCACCACCACAGCCACCAGUGGAUCCAAAUACCUUGUUCAUGGCCUGUUGUGAACAACGAGGUCUUCCCGAUGCAUCUCGUGCUAUGAGCGCUUUGAGAACA